GUGUGUUGCUCAAGAUAUUGAUGAGGUCACGUGAAGUGAGAUCAUUUCAGAAUUUGCCGACUUAUCAGCAAACGACACGAAUCAAGUCCCACUACUCGCGAAAGAAAAUGGAGUUAAGCUGUCAGGUCAGUUUUGAACGGCUCUUACAUGACGCACACGACCCAGCGGAGCAAACCGAGUUUCUGGACGAAGCGAAACCCAAGCGACGCAGAUGCACCUACGCAGCGCGACGGGAGGAAGCUAAACGACUUCGCGAAGAGCUCCACGGACUCGAGUCGGAAGUCGCAGUGCUGAAAUAUCGGUCUGGACAUGGUCCAGAUGGAGAUCCACGCUUAAAACAAGCUGAAUUAGAGAUCGCACAGCUGAGCCACAGUGGCCGGGAGAAGCACCUUCAAAUUGCCAAGGCGCAGUCCGCUAUGAGUCGAUGUUUGGGAGCUCAACAAUCUCAUCCACUCUACACUCGCAUUUGCCUCCCAAAAAACUGGGACCAACGCCGAGCCAAACUCGUCUCUAUUCGAGAGGAAAAGCUACGCAACGCGUACGACUUCGCCAUGGAUCCUAGACACUACGUCGACCCAGCUAAGGCUCAGUAUUCCGACGAGCGCUUCGAGACGGCGCAAGGAGAUUUCUGCGGGGUACGCUUCGAGACGGUGCAAUUCCCCGGCGUCAAGUCUCUCCAGCAAGUCUAUGAUGCAGCCGUGUACUACCUCACGAACAUGGAGAUCAGUAUCACCGAGCGACUGGGGCACAUCACGGUCAGGGACGACUACGAGACAAUUGACGGUAGUGUAUACAACGCUCGGGUACUGUCGACUGUUCUCGACAAUGUCACAAUGGAAACGAGCUCGCUUUUGUUCCCGAAGAUGGAUCCAGAUGGGCAAUGCGGGAUGGUCGUGCUCGACUCCAUCGACCAGGACGAACUCUAUCCGUACAACUCGGCUGAGCGCGUUCGGAAGGAUGUGUCAGCUACUGCUGUUUUCACCGUCGGCAAAGAGGAUAAAGGUGAGCUAGUUGUGACCAUGCGCCGUGCGGCGUUCUUAAAGAUUUACCGACCUCACUUCUCGCUCUCCGAGGACGUACUGCAAGAACUUGCGACGGGUAUUAUGGCCUGGGGUGAUGUCAUGCUCAAGACCGUGCGUAGUAUUGUGUAUGGAAGCCGGUAAGGCUGUAGAUAAGACUGGGGCCUUCAUAUUUGAAUCUCGAACCUUUCCUUGUCAUAUCUGGCAGCCUCACACAUUAGACUACGAUGAAAGCAGUCAUCACCACCGUUAUGGCAACCAUCACAGUGAAUAAGCCAAUGCUGUGUUCACCUGCAGUGUUGGGUCUAGACGCUUCAUCCACCUGCAACGAACCAGAAUCCGCCGGAAGAGCUUCUCCAUUGUUGCAUACAUGGGCAAUUAGUGGAUAGGAAUCGUUGGUGUUGUUGGAGCACGAAUCUUGCAACGAUACGUAUUUUUUUCCAUCCCGUACAUUUGUCGAGAUUCGCUCUCAAGUUUUCGAAGUACACGACUGGAAGCUCCAUCGAGAUUGGCAACCUCCAUUGCAGUGACCUACGUUAUGGUCGCAUUCGUGAGAAACCAGACUUUAACUUAAAUAAAAUAACUUUCAGGUUGACCGCUCCUUGCGGAUACUGCUGUUCAUAGA